UUUCGAUGCUUUCUCGCAGCCUGUCAUCCCAGGUGAGAGACUAUCUGUCACUGUCUCUGUUUACCAUGAUGUAUUGCUGCUUUCCAAUUGGGCUAUUUGCUUUCUUUUACUCACUGAAGGUUCGCGAGGCCAAUUUGCUUGGUGACCAAACUCAAGCGCAGCGAGCAUCUCGUAUUGUCCGUAUACUGAACGUAGUGUCAGUUAUUGUCGGUUUUGUCACUAUUGGAAUCCUUGUGCUUGUGGUAUUAUUAGCAGCCUGAACACUCGAAUUGUUGAACUGCAAGGCAAAGUUUUAUUCUAGUUGAUAUUGCGUGAUUUACUUUUGAGUCUAGAGUAUACCGUAUCUACCAAAGUCUGAAAUAUGUUUUGCAUAUAUAUCUGCUUUUUAGCAGUAACUUUACUGUAAACAUAUAGUAAUCAGCUUACCAAUCAAA